AGCUUUGAUUUUAUUCAAUAAUUUUUUUUUACUCGGUUUAAAAUCUUGUCAAUGAUAUAUAUAUAAUUAUAUACUUUACACUUAACGCCGCGUGAAAUUAAUUAAAAAACUGACGAUAAAAAACUGGAAACUAGAAAGUUAUACCGAUAAGAAAAAUGGAUAGGAGUAGUAAAGAACUCUGCAAGUCAUUUAAAGAAUUACGUACUACGGAUUCUUCAGCUUGCUCAUGGAGAACCAACACUCAAGAUAACAAUAAACAGUCAGCCUUCAGUUCUUGGAGGAGUAAUUCUCAAAAAAUUAACAAUGAAAAAUCAGCAUUCAGUUCAUGGAGAAGUAACUCUAAAGAAAACAAUAAUGAGCAAUCAGCAAUAAGCUCAUGGAGAAACAGACCUCAAGUUAAUACUCAGCAGUCAUCAAUUUGUUUUGACGUUUUAUAUUCUGAUGAAGAAUUAAAAAAAGAGUUUUUUUAUCAAAUAUUUAAAUGGGAUCCGUCAUCGCUAAACGAUAAUCGAUACAAUAAAAAUACACCACCAUAUACAGGUGAUUUAAUAAAAAUGUCUCCAAUAAAAUUAAACUAUUCAUCUUAUAAAGAAUACCAACAGAUAAUGUUGCCAUUUUUAAUUGACGAAUUUUGGUAUUCAUUAAAAAGUGAUAUUUUAGAAGACACAAAAAACGAAAUCCAUAAAAAAACUGUUGCUGGAGACGUAAUUGAACAUAGUUUCAAAACUGUAUCAAUUGACAGUGAUAAUGGUAAAAAACUUCACAAAAUCACCCGAUUUGAAUUAACAGCGACAGUGCCACGCUGCGAUAAAAACGAAGAUAAACCUCGUCGCGAUUUAAAUAUUGAAGAUUUAUAUCCAAGUCGAGGUGAUUUAGUUAUCAUUUAUCGUUCAUCUAAACAUCCAAUACAAUUCGCAUAUAUAGAAGAAUCAGAUAAUCGAACUACAGAAAAAAAUGAUAAGGAUUAUGAGAUUUUGACAUAUACGUUGAUAACUAAAUUCAGUUCAAGCCUUAAACUAUCUGGUUAUUUAACAAUAACACCUGUGACUUGGAUUUUAUCUAGUCUAGCAUUAGUAGAUUCAUUGGGAUAUAUACCUCAGUCACCUCUAAUUAAUGCCAUUUUAAAACCAGACUUCGAUUCAUAUAAAAUGUUAUCGACAAUUAAUAGUAUUCCUACAGCAACAGAGGAAACGCUUAAUUCAAAACAAUUAGAAGUUUUGUCAAGAGUUGUAACAACGAUUGAAGACAAAUAUACUCCUGGUAUAUGUUUAAUACAAGGACCACCGGGUACCGGUAAAACCAAAGUAAUUAAAAAUAUUAUCGCAACAAUCUUAAGUCGGAAAAGUGCAACUCGAAUAUUAGUUUGUGCCCCAUCUAAUAAAGCUAUUGACGAAAUAGUUAUUAGAUUAUUAGAAAUACAAUCAAAGAUGGAAGAAAAAAAGGUGCCAUUUAAAAUUGUACGAGUAGGCCGAGAGGAAAAAAUUCAUCAAUCGGUCCAAAGUGUAUCUUUGGUUAAACUUGCAAAGAGUAAAAAAAAUAAAUUUUCAGAACAGAAAUUUUUUUCUAAUGAACGACAGCAAGACAUCGAAGAGUACAUUCUCCAAUCUGCAAAUAUUAUUGCUUGCACUCUAACUUCCUGUUGGACUAGUUACCGAAUGAAGGCAGUAUUUAGUAAAGGAAACUGUAAAAUUCCUCUAUGUAUAAUUGACGAGUCUGCUCAGGCAACUGAGCUAUUAACAUUAAUCCCAUUAAUGUUGAAUAUACAGAGAUUAAUUUUAGUCGGAGACCCCCAGCAAUUGCCUCCGACUGUUUUAUCGCAGAAAGCAAAAGAAUAUGGAUAUGACCAAUCGCUUUUUGCGAGAACUCAACAAAUAUUUGAGUACAAGUCAAAAAAUCCAAUAAUUAUGUUAGACACGCAAUAUCGUAUGGUAAAUGACAUAUCCCACUGGCCAAAUCGUUACUUUUAUAAAGGAGCCAUAAAAAAUGCGGCUUCAGUAGAAGCUUUAAAUUUUUGUAAUUAUAUUGUAUUUAAUCAUUCGUAUUCACAAGAUUCUGAUGGAUUUUCGAAUCCUUCUGAAGCGGAGCUUGUACGGAAUAUAGUUAACGUCCUAAAAGAGUUUAUAAAAUUGCAUGAUUCAUACAGUGAAAAAUGUAUUGGUGUAAUUACACCGUACAAAAGACAACGGGCUUUAUUAAAUGAACUUAUAAAUCCAUUUAAGGAAGAAAAAAAAAUGAAAAAGAAAAUUGGUGUUGAGACCAAUAAUCUUGAUGGAGAAAAAGAUAAUGAAGUUAAUACAAAAAAUUCUGAUAGUAAUGAUGAAGAGAAAGAUGAAAAAGAAAAAAAAGAAAAUAAAAUAGAUGUAAAUACAGUAGAUAGUUUUCAAGGAUCAGAAUGUGACAUAAUUAUUAUGUCAUGCGUAAGAUCCAAUGGAAUUGGAUUUGUAAAAGAUCCAAAUAGACUCAACGUUAGUUUAACAAGAGCUAAGCACAGUUUAAUAUUAUGCGGCAAUUUUAAUGAGUUCAAGCGAAAUAAUAUGUGGGAAGAUCUUUUACAAGAUGCUAAAGCAAGAGGCUUCUAUUUUAACAUUUCAAAAGAUGAUUUAAAAUCUAUAACGAAACAUUUAAUUGUCAAUCGCGGAAAUGGUUUAUCCUAAAAUAAAUAUUUCUAACUUUUCGUUUU